UCAACCAUGCCGUGUCCGCCAUUCUGUAACAGUGACACACAAGCCAACCGGUCUCCCACUGGAGAUUCCAGCCAUACCAGAGUGGCGAUAAAUAGUAUAUCCAGCUGCCUGCCCUGCUUUCAAGCGGGCUCAACGAAACACGAAUGCGCCUUCUCACCAAAGCCCUGCCGAGCGUUACUGGGGAACAAGAUGAGCUCCUCGCAGGUAACGUUGAAAAGAAGCACCAAAGACAUCGUGCGGAAGAUCCGGUGUGUGAGCAUGGUGAACAGCCUUACGAAGGGCUGGCAGCAAUGGGCUCAGGAGAAUGAAAGUAAGCAAUCGAAUGAACCCACAGGCUGGACGCCUGGAUGCGAAGAUGGCGAUAAUGGCGAACAGUGUUCCUUCACGAGAAAGCUGUCCGUGGACGCAGAAAACGCCGCAAAGAAAGAAUUAACAAUGCCAACGUUGAAAAACCUUCAGCCCGAUUUCGUGCCCGACGUGAACACGUCCAUCAGGACUGGAGCUCGCGAAAGGGGCAAUGGACGGGGCGUGAAAGAGCAACGCAAGGAAAUGACCAGCAUGCUGAAGAGCUGCUUCGAGCCGUCGGCUCAGGAAAACCAAGGGAAGCCCCCGAGUGCGGUGGACGACAAGCUUUAUCUCCUGAGCGACCGCAUGUCGCCCACGCUGAGGCGGCGGUGCAAUGGCCUCGUCUCGGAGCUGUCGACGGGGUGGCGUCAGGCGGAGAAGGAGGACGGCGACAGUGGCUUGAGCUCUCUGGAGGCCAGCAGAAACAACAGCAUCGACGCCGGCGACGUCCUCGCCGUGGCGCGGGGGGAAGGCAGCGCCGGCGAAGCCGUCGAGGCGACGAACCACGGCGGCGACGACGGCGGUGGCUCGGAAGCUCCGGCGAUCGGCAUCAAACGGUCGUCCGCGAAACCUGGCACGGACAGGUCAAAGGGCGGGAGGCAAAAGUCGCGCUACAGCCGCGUGAAGGACCUCCAGAGCGGCUGGGCCAAGUGGUCCGAAGACCACAUGGAGACACAGAAGCUGAACCCCUUCAGCGACGGCUUCGACGCGGAGCACGCCCUGGCCACGCGGCUCCAGAAGGGCGAGGAGGGGUACGGCCGCCCCAAGGAGGGGACCCUCACGGCGGAGAGGGCCAAGAGGGCCGAGCGCCACAUCCGCCGCGAGAUGGAAGACAUGUGCUUCAUCAUCAAUGGCAUGGGUGUGCAGGGCCGCGACGGCAGGGUGCGCAUGCCGUUCGGGGAGCUGUUCGAUCGGUACGUGCGCAUCUCCGACAAGGUGGUCGGCAUCCUGCUGAGGGCGAGGAAGCACGGUAUGGUGGACUUCGAGGGCGAAAUGUUGUGGCAGGGCAGGGACGACCACGUUAUCAUCACGCUGCUGCGAUAGCGGUGCAAUGAGUCGGUGGUGCCGGAGGAUGUCAAACGACGCAUAUUGUUUGAAACGGGUGGCUUUUGUGUUGCCCUAAAAUCCAAAAAGUUGAAAGCCAUGGACAAAAGUUCGUGGGUUUUUUUGAAGUGUGAGAAAACACGCUUUGAGAUUCAUGUUUAAGGUAUCAUCUCGAAAUUGUACGCUGUUGUCGGAUGUGAAAUGUCGCGAAUGUUGUUAAGUUUAUAUCUCAUAUUAAUGUUGUGCAAUGUUUUCCUCUCACUUCAUGUAAUAUGGUUUCAUUUUUACUGUCAAAUUCUAUAGAUACAUGUCAUUCAAGUUUUAUUUGACCUUGCUUAUUUACACAUGCAGAUAAUUUAUUUGUAUUUAUUACGCAUGUAUAGCUGUGCCUAUGCCAUGUCAAAUGUUAUUUUAUGCAGUUUUAGGGAGAGAAAAAAAACUUGCGGAACAUAUUUAUAUUAUUUCAAUAAAUCACAGGCAUAGCACAGUAACACUAAAAUGCAAUAUAUCACGUGUAUACGUACUUGCUUCAAUAUUUAAAUGCCCUCACUAUUGCAGGCACUAAAAAUGAUGUAAUAGCUGUAUCAGAAUACUGGAGGAAUCGGAUGAGCUAUGAAGCGCUUUUUGCACAGAUGUCCACCUGAUCUUUGUUGACAAUUCAUUGGCCUGCGGCUGAACAUUUAUAUCUGAAAGCUUAGGAACAGUUGGAAAUGCCGAGUUUUAUUUAUAAACUAAAUAGAUACAUGUGAAUAAUUGUAAGCUUUAUUUUUUAUAACUAAGCAAUUUUUUUUUAUUGGGUUAAUAAAUAGGACUGGACAAAUUGAACUGUUUCUAAACGUUCAGAUUAUAAUGUUCGGCCGCAAACCAAGUAAUUGCCAACAAAGUACAGCGUGCUUCAAAACAAUGUUCACACUUCUGCGAAUUUGCAACAACACCACAAGAAAUGUGCCUCCAGGCUCUGGAGGACCAUCUGGAGAAGAUUACAAUGAUGGCGAACAAGUGGAGACUUUUUGAAGCUAUUGACAUGCAUUUAUCAUGUUACAGUGUGUAGUGUCCGUUCUUUUUCCAUUAAAAACGAUAGUCUCAUAUAAGUGUUAAUAUUUUUUUGAAGCAGCCUGUGUAGCUGGACAUGACUUAAUGGCUGUACUGUACUACUAAUAAGUGCCCCCUAGUGCUGUGGUGUUUUCUGGAGGCCUCUAGAAGGAGGAUGGGGAGGGGAGUGGGUAAUGGCCUCUGUAUCUAAAAUGAUAAGAUCCGUCUUGGCACGCUAAGCAUAUCUCCGCAGCACAGAUGCUCUUUGCCCUAUGCUGCCCUCCAAAUCAGGAGCAGAUAAGCCGGUGUAUUGGCUCCAAUGUCGAGCUGUGAUAGAAGUCCCCUGCUAAUUUGCAUCUCACACCCAGAGAAAAAUCAUAUUACUGGUAGGAACCUCCUGGUUACACCAGCGCACAGGGGAGUAUUGUGUCCGUCCGU